AUGCUACCCACCGCAGUUCUGCCAGAAGACGCCGACCUACUCUGCACCGUGUCAUCAGAAGGCGACAACUGUCUGCGAUAUAGUCCUUCCUGGGAGUCAGAUGAAGAGUGUUAUUCAGAUUUCGCUUUUUCUGACAUAUGCUUAAACGCAUUCCAUUACUCAGGCUACAGAUGGACGGUCGGAGUUAAGCCCGAGAUAAUCGAUGAAGAUGGCGAGUUCCUGACCUCGACGAAUCAAGAAACUGCUGUCGAAAGAUACUCUAAUGGAACAAAGGGUGAAUGUGGAGCCCUCAAUAAAGGACACACAAAGGGGCAACAGUUUUCAGUUUCCGAGUACAACGAGGUUCUCGUGAAUCUGAUGACCGCUAUUUUUGCUGAUAUUUUAUGUGACAACAACAGGACUAUUCUCUACUAUAAACUACAAGAAAGUCAAGACUACAACGCGUACAUUGAACACACAAGAAACUUAUGCAAUGUCAACCUCACGGAGGCUUCUGACGAUGAAAGGCUUGCGCUGUUUUUAAAUAUCUACAAUAUGAUGUGGAUUCACGUGACGCAUAUUCACGGACCUCCAAGAAGUAUAUGGGAAAGAAGAAAGCUGAUGAACUGCAGCUACUAUCAGAUUCAACAUCACAAAUACGCACCACACUCUAUUUUGGACGGAAUCCUACGAUCUAAUCGUAAAGGUCUCGGAACGCUUUGGAAACCUUUUGGAAAAGUAGAUGGAAGGUUGCCAUUCAUUCUUUCAUCAUGCGAACCUCUUGUACAUUUCGCUUUGAAUACUGGCACCAGAUCUACGCCACCAAUAAGACCAUACAACUGUAAGACAGUCAGGGAGGAAAUGCGGAAUAAUGCAUGUGAUAUACUCGAAACAGACAAUAUAUUGCGUAUAGAUACAAAGAAAAAGGUUCUAUACCUUGCAAAAGUGUUCAAAUGGUAUGCAAAUGAUUUUGGCGGUACUACAGAAAAGACUAUAGAGUGGAUCCUAACGAUAAUGGAGAAGUCAACGUCGAAGAAGAGGAUAGAUCUCGAAGAGAUAUAUUACGGCGGCCACUACGAAUUGGUUUACAUUCAGCAUGAUUGGGCAUUCAAUGGGGAAACGUUUGAAAAUAAAUUGUAA